AUGGACGCCGUCUCGUCGUACAGCUUCACGACACUGGCCUGGCUUUCCGUCCAGGCCGUGCCUCUGAUAGUGUGGCCAACAUUCAUCGCAUCGCUACUCACCCCAAACUAUCAACAUGCCAACCUUGUUGAGCAAUACUUCGCCCGGUCUCUAGGCUUCGCACAGCUCACCCUAGGCCUCGUCGUCGUCUGUCUGACGGGAGCCGUACCCUUGGGUUCCCUAGCUGAUACCCCGGCGGACGCCAUUUCUCCGUUCGCCGAUGCCGUCAUUCUACUUUCCUCAUUAUACCAUUUCUCUACAUGUUUCUACAGCUACACUAGGUUCAACGCGACCAAUACUGGAGGCUUUCUGUUUGGCGCGGUGGGAUCUGGCCUCCUGGCAGCGUUUGGCUUGUGGUGUCUCAUGUUUGGCGCUGGUAGCCACAUUAGCAAGAGAACAGGGGCGGAUAAGAGGACGAGUGGAUUCCCAUUCAAAAACAGGGAGGCGAGCAAGAGGAAAGGCAAGGACUUGUAG